GAAAUAACUUUUGGUGUGUGUGUGUGUGUGAAAGUGUAGAGUGUGUCCUGGAAAUAAUUCCUGCCUGUUAUUAUUGUGUGUGCUCCGGUUGACAUCAUGGCAGCACAGAGAUCCAGUCUGGGUAAUAAUGACGUGCCACCGGUGGUUCCCGGCCGAAGUCGUUCACCGUCCUACAUCCGGAGCAUUUCCGCUUCUCAAUUGCCGACCGCCACCAUGUCCUCACCAAACAACAACAACAACAACAAUAAACCGCCACCCGUUCCCAGGAAUUCACUCAUCAGGAGCAAAAGUGCUCAACUCUACCAACAACAACAGGCUAGUCAAGUAAUGACGCCGUUACCUCAUCCCCCAAUUCAAGUGAAAAACAACCACCACCACCACCACCCACUCAACGAUCCUGUUGCAGCAGCUGGAGGCCAUCACCACAACAACAACAACAACACGAAAGAUUUGCCGGAAUCAAUUCCGGCUGAACCCGUUUUGAUGUCCAAAAGUUUUUCGUUCGAGUCGCCCAAUGGCGUCAGACGCAAAAUUCCCGUCACGCCCGUCCUCUCCACCGGCCCGAAAAAAUCCAGCCAACAUCACGACACUCUACACUAUCGACAUGGAACUCUGGUUUUUCCGUCCGACUCGGUUGGCCAGCCAAACAAAUCCAUCGACUCUAUUCCGGUCCAGUUGAAUUCGCCCAGUCAAAGUCCGUCAGAGGCUGUGAUGAGUCCAGCAGCAGGGACAGCAGGGCCAGUCAUCCACCACUACCAGUUCAGCCAUCCAGCAGCAAUUUUCAAUCAAUUCGUCGUGUCGCUGGUCGAUCACAGCCUCUUGAAAUUGUGCCAGGACGGUGACGUCGUGGCUCUGUCACGAUACCUCGCCCUCCAUCACGAAAAAGUUCCAGCCAGGAGCCUCAACGCCGUCGAUGCCACUGGAAAAUCGAGUUUGUUACACGCGGCCAUGACGGGAAAUGUUCCCAUUGCCCGUCUGCUCGUCAAAUUACCCGGACUGGACGUGAAUUUGGCGGACAACGAAGGCAACACGGCUCUUCACCUGGCCGCCCAAGCAGGUCACGCCGAUAUCGUCAGUCUACUCACGUUGUCUCCCAAUCUGACCAUCGACAUCCGCAACAACGCCGGCCUAACCGCUUUGAUGAAAGCUUCGCUUCAGGGGCGUGUCCGGUGUACUCGGCUGCUGCUAUUGGCCGGCGCUUCGCCCGUCCUGAGAGAUUUCGGCCGGGGAUUGUGUUCGGUCGAAUGGGCCCGGUUGACGGGCCGCAGCAAAUGCGUCGAAAUCAUCGACAAGUACAUGGACAAGAUGCAACUCAAUCCGGGACUGGGAUUAAAAUCCUUCCAUCACGGCGGCGGAGUGGUGGCCUCAUCCGAGCCCAGUCUCCAGCAAUUCUCCAAACGAUCCUCCCUCGUUCUCCUUCCCUCUUCCAAGACCAAAGAUUCUUGGGUGAAGAAUACUUUGAAAAAAGCUAUUCGCAUCGUCAGCGGAGGAUCGGAUCCGCCCAGCAAUAAAGGAUCGACUUUCAGCGUCGCAUCUCAAUUGACUGGCAGCGGAGUGAUGAGCGCCAGUGUCUUACUGCCCGGCGAUCCUUCCAGGAGAUCCUCGAUGCCCGUUUUACCGACCAGUUCUGGUGGAGGAGGAGCUUCUGGAAUUGUUGCCGAACUUUUUGAUCGCCACCGAUCGCAAUAUCACCAGGGUCGAUCAUCAUCGCAUCAGCAUUCGAAUUUCGCGGUCCCGCGGAUUCAAGUUUCCUAUUGGAGCAACACGGCGGGUGGCAACAUCCCCCCACCGCCUUCGGGCACUCCAAAGGUCAUCCCGCCCGAAAUGCGACCGAGCCACAGUCGGCAACGGUCAAGAAGUUCCAUUCGAUCUUGAAUCUUUU